AUGGACCCCGCCAUUUCCAGCAACUUCAACAGUUUCUCUGACAUGGUUUUGAAUUCGGAACAUCAACAAAACAAUCUUGAAGCUGAUUUUUACGAUUUUUAUUUGAAUGACGGUCACUGCGAAGAGGAUAAAGAUAGUGAUAAUGAGCAUGAAAAUGACGAGGAAGAGGAACCUGAUUUUGAAUCUUCUCAAUUACAUCAAUUGGUCCAUACUCAACCAAUUCAUCUGAUUAAUUAUCAGAUGCUUUCCGAUUAUACCUUGAGAAAGGAAAAGGAUUUCGAAGAUCACGCUUCUUCUAGAUCCUCCAUUCUGGCUACUUUUGAAGAUAUCGAGGUUAUUUCUGAAAACGCAGUGAAUUUUUUCGAUGGCGGUAAUAUGACCGACGACGUUAAUACAGCUGCUACUAGUGCAACAGGUGCACAUUUUAAACAUGAUCUAUUAGAUGUAGCAUCUGAAGAGUGGAAUAUUUGGAAACAACAAGUACCAAUCUCGAAUUUUUACCAAAGUAAUAAUACUACUGUUGGUCCUCCUGAAGCUACCGUCGGCGCUAGCGGUACAGCCCCAUUAAAGAAUUCGCAAGAAAUGGAUUGGGAGGUCCCACGUAGUUUACCAUUUGAAUACAAGGAUGCUGGUCAUUACCUUGAUUUUUCACACUGCAUUAAUCUUCAAGAUGAAUUAGAGGUGCCCCCAUUGCAUUUACAACAACCUCCACAAUGUCACAAUCGUAAUAACAGUGAAAAUAACUAUAACUACCAAAUUACGACUGACGCAUCUUUCACCGGAAGACGCCCCACUGAAGAAGAAAAUUUCUUCGUCAAAACUUUAAACUCAAAGCUUUACAGGUAUACAGGUUAUUUCGGAGCAGGCUCUAGAGACCAAGAUUACCAUGAUAAAGUAAGAUUCCAAGAGAUUUCCUACAAAUUCAGUAAAACGUACUUUUGA